AUGCCCCACCCGUCAGCCCUCCCAACCCGGUGCCACUUCGCUAUCAAACCACCUCCCGCUUCCCCACUCUGUCCAACCAUGGCCGCCGCCGCCACCCCUGCCGCCCGCCUCUUUCUCCUCCACUCCAGCCCGCCCUCCUCCCUCCCGUGCCCAAACCCUAGCCCCAGCUCCGCCCAGACGCCCCGCCUCGCCUACCCGCGCCUCGCGCUCUCCCACCGCAUGGCGGCGGCCCCGGCGGCGAUCGCCGGGCCCUCCGGCGACUCCGAGCGCGACCUGAGCGCGUCCGCGGUCUCGGUGGAUGCGCAUGGGGCCGUCGAGUCCUCGGGCGAUGGUUUGGAGAGGAAGGAGCCGAGCGUGGCCACGAUACUGACCAGCUUCGAGAACUCGUUCGACAAGUAUGGGGCUCUCAGCACGCCUCUGUACCAGACGGCCACCUUCAAGCAGCCUUCAGCAACAGUUAAUGGACCUUAUGAUUAUACUAGAAGUGGCAACCCUACUCGUGAUGUUCUCCAGAGCCUUAUGGCUAAGCUCGAGAAGGCAGACCAAGCAUUCUGCUUCACUAGUGGGAUGGCAUCACUGGCUGCAGUAACACACCUCCUUCAGGCUGGACAAGAAAUAGUUGCUGGAGAGGACAUAUAUGGUGGCUCUGAUCGUCUGCUCUCACAAGUUGUCCCAAGAAAUGGAAUUGUAGUAAAACGGGUCGAUACAACUAAAAUUAACGACGUGACUGCUGCAAUCGGACCCUUGACUAGACUAGUUUGGCUUGAAAGUCCCACCAAUCCUCGUCAACAAAUUACUGAUAUAAAGAAAAUCUCAGAGAUAGCUCAUUCUCAUGGCGCUCUUGUUUUGGUGGACAACAGUAUCAUGUCUCCAGUGCUAUCCCGGCCUAUAGAACUUGGAGCAGAUAUUGUGAUGCACUCAGCUACCAAAUUUAUAGCUGGACACAGUGAUCUUAUGGCUGGAAUUCUUGCUGUAAAGGGUGAAAGCCUGGCUAAGGAGAUCGCGUUUCUACAAAACGCUGAAGGUUCAGGCUUGGCACCUUUUGAUUGCUGGCUUUGCUUGAGAGGGAUCAAAACCAUGGCCUUACGGGUGGAAAAGCAACAGGAUAAUGCCCAGAAGAUUGCUGAAUUCUUAGCUUCUCAUCCAAGGGUCAAGCAAGUGAAUUAUGCUGGACUUCCUGAUCAUCCUGGCCGGUCUUUACACUACUCGCAGGCAAAGGGAGCAGGCUCUGUUCUAAGUUUCCUAACUGGUUCAUUGUCUCUCUCGAAGCAUGUUGUCGAGACAACCAAGUACUUCAACGUAACAGUUAGCUUCGGAAGUGUGAAGUCACUCAUAAGCUUGCCCUGCUUCAUGUCGCAUGCGAGCAUCCCUUCCUCGGUGCGAGAGGAGCGUGGGUUGACUGAUGAUCUAAUACGGAUAUCGGUGGGCAUUGAGGACGUGGAUGACCUCAUAGCUGAUCUUGAUUACGCGCUCAGGUCCGGUCCAGCAUAG